AUGUCCGCUGCGAACUCCGAGCGCAAAUCUCUUCGAGCCUAUCUCUCAAGCCUUGAAGACUUUCAAGAGGCGACAAAUACUCGUUCAAGCUACACGAGCGGACCGAACAGUGCUCUUGCAGCUCACUAUUCCGAUUUGGAGCCUCUCAAGCUAUCCAACCCUCUGGCCUAUGCCGAUCACGUCAGUUGGUGGGAUAGUACUAUACAAGAUGUAGCUUGGCACGGCGCAGCACGGCGCUCAGUCCAAGGGAAGUCGAGGGAUGUGAUACGCUCAAAAGCAGCUACGCCAGGCACAGCAACGUCCACCAGCGCACCUGGAGAUGUGGACAGGCUCAUCUUCGACCUUCGGCCCGAGGAUGACCCGGAAUGGGAAGUGGACGAUGUUGGACGACCACUGGGCAUGGGCACAGCUGUACUCGAGCUCUCCAAUCAACAGCGUCUCAUUUCCCUAACCAACUUCCAACGAUCCCCUGCACAGAUAUCAGGUCCUGCCAGAUCAUCCACGGCUGGACAAAGGAGCUGGACAUUCUCGCUCAAGACUCCAAGUAUAUCAAACGUCGCUUCGCUCGUAGGCAGUGCUGUCACAUACCCCGUUCAGUGGGCUGCUUCACACUUUCGCUCAGAGGAAGACUCUCACGAUGCUUCCGCCAGGGAUCUCGCUGAGGCGCGGGGUAGGUGGGUGGUAUGGAGCAAUCUCGAGAAAGCUGCUUCGGCAGUGUUGUCUGCACAUUUUGCACGAGCAAGGCUGUCGCCCAUAGACUCGCUCUACUCGAGGUCAACAUUUCGUUCUGCGCUGUUGCAGUCUCUACGAGAUGGAGAACCAUCGGUGGUCCUGAGUGAAGCGGAUGAAGCUGUGCUGUUGAAACACCUCGAAAGAGACCGCAGAGUCGCAUUGAUAGAUGGCGAUGUUAUCAAGAUGGCACAUGCGGUCGACGAGGCUGUGCCUCCGAUCACAAAGGAAGAAAGGGGAGCGGUGGAGCUUCGGUCUACGCAUGCAAAGCUUGAGCAGCAGGUCGACGAGCUGAAGGAGCGCAUCGAAGAGAAAAGCGAACGCAUAUCUGCUUCGCUAAAGACAAAUCAGAAACAGCAAGCCAAGUUUCACCUGCGAUCGCGGAAGCAGCUGGAGGAGCUGCUGGACCAGCGCCUCGGUGCACUCGAUACUCUCGGCAAUGUUUUGCUCAAGCUUGAGCAAGCCGCUGGAGACGCCGAGAUCAUCAAGUCCUACGCGCUGGCGACGCAGACCAUGCGCGCUCUGCUCUCCCAGCCAGCUCUUCAGAGAGAUCACGUCGACUCCACCUUGGAAGAAUUGUCGGACGCGUUGGCCGAACAGAGCGAGGUCAACGAGGCGGUUCGUGCGGGCGGGGAUGAUGCCCGAAGAGCAGCUACGGGCAAAAGCAUUGCUGACGAAGAAGAGGAAGAAAGGCAGUUGGAAGAAGAGUUCAAGGCGCUCGAAUUGGAAGAGAAGUCCAAGGAGGCGGACUCUUUCGACCCGCGACAAGCAACGGAGAAAGCGACGGCUGAGCAUCGAGAGGCGGUCGAGCUGCCCGACGUCCCUGCUUCUACCGUGGGACAAUCAAACGCGGCGAAGGGGGACUCGAAGGCGCAGGAACACGCGAUGCUCGAGAAUUGA